ACAUGCGCAGCAACGCUCUGUUCCGGAUGUAAAUACGCAGCAGCUUCCGGGUCAAAGGUUGUUCUUCCGGCGAGAGAUUAUCACCACGGUUUCCCGACUGAAAUAAAACCACAGAAGAAGAAACAGAAGAUGUUGAGGAGGAAGCCGACGCGUCUGGAGCUGAAGAUCGAUGAUACCGAAGAGUUCGAGAGCGUCAAGAAGGAGCUCGAGGCCAGGAAGCGUCAGCGAGAGGAGGCGGAGUCAGGAGGCGGAGUGGGCGGGGCUUCUGUCAUCAGUGUGGACAUCAUCGGGGGCGGAGCCUCAGCCUCAGCCUCUUCCUCUACAGCGGCAUCGAGGGCGGAGCUUAUCAACGAGCGAAUCGGCUACAAGCCCCACCCCAAACCGGCCACGCUGCCGACCUUAUUUGGAAGUUUACAGUUUUAAUAAAAAUCAUGUUUGUUUGUUUCAAGUUUAAACUUCUGAGUUUCACCACAAAGUUUAUUAAAUAAAAUGUUUUUGCAAUUUUGAAAUAAAAAGCUGAAAAUGAA